AUGCAACCUGAAAUUGUUGAGAAACUGCUUCUAGAGAUGGAAGCUACUGGGCUGGAGCCAAAUGUUAGAUCCUAUACAUGUCUAAUAAGUGCCUAUGGGAGACAGAAGAAAAUGAGUGACAUGGCUGCAAAUGUAUUCCACUAUGAUAUAUGCAUAUAUUCGUGUCCGCGAUUUCAAGAGGGCGUUCUUUUAUCACAAGUGGAUGGUGAAAAGUGGCCAAGUUCCCGAUGCAAAUCAUAUCAGAAGCUCAGGGCAAUUUUGGAUGUCAAAGCAAAGAUAAAGAACAGGAAGGAUAAGAGUGCUCUAAUUUUCUUAAUGAAGGGAAGCACUAUCAUUGUUUUCAGGAGAUUUGAAAGGAUAUUAUGUUGA